AUGUCACACGAUAAUCAUAAUAUUAAUAUUCCAAAUUUUCCAUCUAUAAAUGAAGAUGAUUUACCUGCAAUACCAAUAUUAAAAAUACUUAAUCUGCAGAUAUUCACACAAUGUAAUAUUCAUUCACUGAGUCUUAUUCUUCAUUGUAUGUCUAAUCUUCAAGAAUUAAGUCUUACUCUUGUCAAUAACCAUAUGAAUCAAUGGCUUAUAGAUUCAUUCAUCAAUGGAAAUAACUGGCAACGAAUGUUAACAGGUUAUGUAGCAAAUUUGAAGGUAUUCGAUUUUCAUAUGUCUUUUUUAAUGGAUAAUCGAUUAUUGGAUUUAAACUUGAUUCUUAAUUCAUUUCGUUAUUUUGUCACACAUUAUAAUGGUUGGCAUAUGGGUAUCAGUCGAUGGAUAACCUAUGAAGAUAUCGGACCUCAUUCUACACAUUCAUAUAGAAGUGAAUCACAUCAAUAUGUUAGCAAUCUUUCAGCUCUUAUUGAUUUGUCCAGUAUUACCAACUUGGAAUUCGAACAUAGCAAUGACUUAAGCCGAUCAUAUGUUGCCCCAUAUGUUUUAUUAGCAUGUAUUAAUGUUACAAAACUUAUUAUGCGUACUUCAUUAUUUUUCUCGUCUAUCGUCAUUGACAAUCCAAACCUUUCACUCACUUUUGCUCGAAUAAAGGCUCUUGAAUUAAUUUCCGAUCAUAUAUAUGUUUCGCUGAAACAUGGAUCGAAAAUUGUCGACUCUUUUCCAUCUUUGUCACAUGUCGAAAUUGAAGUAUAUUCACUCGAUUCUGGCAUACCAAUCGUCGAUAUUUUUCUUUGUGGCCUUAAAAUGCUACGCCAUAUUAUCGUAACAUUUUCUCAUAAAGGUUUAGCAGAUGAUACAAUCACGCAAGAACAUAUAAUAGAAAAGUGGCGUCAAUCAUUUGGUUUAAAUAGAAACGAUGAAUACAAAGUAGUUGUAAAAAUUGAAGAUCAUACAUUGUAUAUUUGGAUUCCAUGA